AUGGAUGAGCGAUCUGAGGUUGAGGGCGCAGAGCACUUGUCCGAAGGCUCGACGCAGGGGCUGGCUGACGCGGCUGGUGCGGGCCAGAGCUUGUCGGAAGCAAUCGAGGGUCGCAGUGAAGACCAGGUUGGCAAGGAGAGCGACAAAUAUAGCGCAGACAAUGAGCAGCAGGAGCACGACGUUGCUCCGUCUCGCUCCACUUCGACAGCAGCACCAGCAAGGCUCUCGAGACCGGUCUCGCUGAUUUACCCGUCCCCCACCUUUGCAUACGGGACCAACUCCUCCUCCCACGACUCAGUGCCCCACUCCACCUCACCAAACGGAAAUGCUCACAGUCCUGGUGGCAGCUCGAGACCUUCCAAGCAUCAUCACGCUCGCUCCAAGUCCGUCAGUCUGAGUCCUGUCAUUGGGCCAGCUGUGUUUGGACUGGGACCUACUGGCCAUUACGGAGGUAGUUCAGGAAACAACAUGGUCCGCGAAGGCAACCUUUCACCCAACGGAUUUGGCGCAAGCGCGAGUAUGAGGAGGACGCCCUCUCCACUAUCUGGAAGUGCGAGCCAAAGUGCCAGAGCCUCGGGCGAGUCAAAGAGAUCACCAGUGUGGGGAUCGCAGCCUAGUCAAGUCGCAGAGUCGCCUUCGGCUUCAGCUUCCGAUUUUUCGAGGGGCAGCAACUCGGCCAGUACAUCAAAUGCGGAGCGUGGGUUGAGGAUGUAUCUAGGCGAGGCAGAUAAGCCUGCGAAACACACCGCUGGCGAAGGAGUAUCUACGGUAGGGCGGGGUCAGGCUCAAAGCCUGGCUCACGGAAGAUCACAGUCACCAGCGAGUGGAUCGUCAACAAUGUCUCCCCGUCUGCAGCCUAUGGGCACAGCUGUCGAUGGUAGAGCCCAAGUAUCGGCAUCGACCGCUGGGGCCAGCGCUGAUGCCGUUCUGAGCAAAAAGGGCUCUCUCGAGGAUUUGAGAAGCAGUCCGGUGCUCCAAAAUCUGCGCUCUACGACGCCGAUCCCUCGCGCGGCUUCACCGCGUCUCGGCGCUCCACCAGGAUCUGCUCCCGCCGCAGCUUCGCCAAUUCUCGCCGCUCGAUCCUCGAAUGCGUUGUCCGAUCCCUCAGCGGUGGAUGCACACGCUUUCGACUCGGUGUGGCCAAGUUCUUCGAGAACCCAGGCAGACCCUGCGCUAAGCGCCGCGAUAGAUGGAAUACCGAUCCCCGGAAUGGAGCCUAAAUCUAGAAGUCGUCGUAUUAGUGGCUCGACGAGCUCUUUGCGGCAGAGCAGCUCCGGUCCAGCGUCGAGUCCCGCAGUCAGCCCUACCCAACCUGCUUCACCGCUGCGGAGCCGCAUGUCACGCUCCCCGUCUGGAAGACACGAGCUUCGAGGUUCAGCGUCUUCGCCGCUUCUGGGACCAUCGAGGCGAUCUCCAUCGCCAGCUCUCGCUGCGUCUCCUGGUUCCUCCACGGGCGCCCAUGAUAUCAACCAUCAAGGGCUCGCGCAUCCACCUACGCUCUCCUUUGGCAGGCACAUCAGGUCCAAUUCGGGAUCCUCGGGCGGUCACCUCGCAUUAGCGUCGAGCCCAACACAAGCGUCCAGCUUUCCUGCAGAUGGCCGUGUACAUCGAAGUAGCUCGAGUCCCAGCUUUGGAUCGACACCUCCAGUGCCUUUCGCAUUGAAUGGCUUAGCUACUCCUCCUAGUCCGCCACCUCCACUCACCUCAUCUAGACCUGGUCAAAGAACCGCACUAGAAGCGCUUGCGAGUCAUGCGCACUUAAGGAGAUCCAGCUCCGGGUCUUCAAAGGGCGCUGCAGAUGGCCUAGGAGACAGCAGCGAUGGGCGCUCACACACGGCAACAGACCGGCUCGCCAUGCUGCGAUCGGCGAGUGCGGAUGAAGCAUCCGCAAAUGCCGCAUCCGUGCCAGGCGAAACGAGACAUCGCUCUGCCUCUCCCGCCGGCAUUUUGGGCCGAAGCAAUGGGACGACCGCUGGUGACGAGGGGGGCGCCCCGAUGUUGAGGAGAUUUUCUUCAGAUCAACUUCACGGGUUCAACAGUCAAACGAGUGGGGCAGGCUUGACCUCGCCCUUCGUACCUCACGCCCCCUUGCCGCUUCGCGCAAGAUCUCCUGGGAUCAGUCUCGGUAUGCCCUCCGGACAUCACAGCCCCUUCACGCCAUCUUCCCCUCUCUCAUCACCUUUCCAUGCGCCAUUGCCCUCCCGGACACCACCUCCGCACCUCGAUGCAGGUCUGAGCGAGAGCCCGCCAAAGGUGCGGUCCUUCAUUGGUAUGCCACCUCGAUCGGGCUACGAUCUUUCCGACGAUCCCGACGACGUUGGAUCGGAGGAUGGAAGUACGGGCAGCAGCAGAGCCGGGAGCAUACACGAGGCAGACAAUGAUAAUGAGAGCGAAGGAGAGGGCGAAGGUGAGGGGGAUGGCGACACAGGGAGUGAGCAGGGCACCGACAGACGCGGAGCAGAUCAGGAUCUCAACGACGCUGAAGAACGUGACGUAAUUGGAGACUCGCAGAACGGUGGCUCUGAUGGUGUUUCAGGGGCUGAUGCACCGCCUCUGGGCAGUGCAGCUCGACCUCAUUUGCCCAAACGUCCGAGCUUGACAAGGGCUGCAAUUGUUCCGCCAAUUGCUGCGCAUGCAGGACUUGCGGCGCACCAUCAAUUUCCGAUGGAAGACACCCAUACGUCCGCUGCUGCAAACGGCUUUCCGGCCGAUGGACCAGCCGGGGCACUCGGAUUUUUCAACGAUGACGACACUGGCAAGAUGCCCGGCAAUCACUCACACUUGGGUCUCCAAUGGUCACCGGGUCCUGUACUUGCUGGUCAAUCAGCAGGCUCUGGCGGAGGAUCAAUGCCCCCACCUUUUGGUCCGACAGCGCUUGGACCCGAAGGACCAGGCGGAAUCAUCGAUGCCGUGGAUCCCAGCCUCAUCGUGGGUGGUUCGUCGCAACAGUUGGGCAACGAAUCUCAAGACCAGGAUGUGGACAUGGGUACGAGCGGAUCAAAUGCGAACCCAGAACAGAAUAUCAUAGAAGAGAGUCUGAGCACCCUCGAGCGUCUGUUCUUGUUUGCUAAGAGCGAAAUGACCUUUCACCGAGUGCUCGUUGCCCGAUCGCUCGCAGACUGGAUUUUUGAGAUCGAUCUCAGCGAUGCGGUCGAGUAUGUCAUCCCUCUACUGAACGGCCUUGGCACCGACGAGCUCGAGGUGUGCACUGUGUUCACUCCAGAGCUGCACCGAUUGAUGUGGUUCUUCUUUCGAAACUGCCCCCUCGUGCAGAACGCCAAGGCGGACGCUGAGCAGAAAGACCAAGUGCCGGGUGCGGCCACAGAUGCAGACAACGACGAGGAAAUAGCCGAUAGACCAAAGCUCUCUGUGGAAGCUUUCACACCGCUGCUGUGUGCCCUAUUGCUCAAUUCCAACACCUCAGUAGCCGGAGCCGCGCAGCUUUCCUUGGUGCAGCUCUUUGCGCGCCUCGAUCACGUCGCGUUGCGAGGUCCUGCAGGCGACACGAUGGAGAACCUCUCCGUUUCGAAUGAGUGGAGCCAGGACUCUGCACUUGUGCCCGACGCAUCGGGGCGCGAAGGCGAAAGAGUGCCUCUGCGCGCGUACGAUUUCGACUCGCAAGCGCGGCAGAUGGUGAAAGCGGAAUUGCUGGAGAAUGUCGCCUUUGCAAUUGGCAAGCUCAAUGCACAGGACUCGACGCUGAGGACUGGCGACCAAUCGACACAUGCGCAAGGCGUCAGCCCCUCUGAAAAGUCUAGCACUCCCAAAAUGAGCGACUCUAAACCAUUGAACGGCGAGUACGUCGAUCAUGAGAAGACGCUUUCGGUUGGUGAUGCCGACUCGCGAGUCUCGGACCAACCAGCACCAGAGGUCCCUUCAUUUGAGAUGGAUUGUGAAGCCGAUGAGGAUUUGCAGGACAGCACGUCUGGCGAUGGGUCGCGCGGCAACACUGAUGAAACGACUUUCCAGCGGAGCUCGCCAGCCUUGAGCGCUUCCGAUAAUCCCGAUAGAGAGGAAGAAGCCGCUGUUGGGCGAAUGGCGUCUGUCAGCCUACUGGCUGCACUUUCUGCGGAAGGACUAUUGGACGUCGAAACGCUCGAAACUCGCGUCGUGCCCGAGGUCGUUCGACUACAAAGUGAUGGAGCUUUCUUUGUCAGGAAGGAAGUCGCAAUCGCUGUUGGUUCCUUGGCGAAGCACGUGAAUUCUUCAGUGGUGGUCAAAAGUCUACUGCCAGCAUUUGAGCGAUUUGUUCAAGACGACAUUUGGCACGUUCGACAAGCAGUAUGUUUGUCGAUCCCAGCCAUCUUCACCCAUUUGGACGCAGAGACCAAACGUAGUCGCCUUCUGAACGCGCUCGGGAUCUUCACGCAGGACGUCUCGCGGAACGUGCGCUCUGUAGCAUUUGAGAUCAUUGGUGAAGCCAUCUACCUGUUCCACAAGGAUCCGCUUGGCGUGCCUGAGCCUCUUAUCAGGCACUUUCUGGGCGAACCUUUCGAGGAAGCGCAAAGUGCGGACGAUCAUCCCAGCGAUCCAUUCAGCAUGGAGAUGGAUCAAUCCGGAUAUCCCUCGUCCGAUUUGGGCAAAGUGCAGGCGGAAGAAACGCAGCAAGACAACUGGUCGGAUGAUGACAUGAUGAACGGCUAUAGCUCCGAACGCUGGCUGGAGGAGAUGAUUGGAGGUCCCAGCGGAGCCGCAAAAGCCGUUGAUGCCGCGAGACAACACGUCAUGGCCUACAACUUUCCUGCUGUCGUCUUGACACUGGGACAAGAGCGUUGGCCAAAGCUACGCGCUGCUCAUCGAGAUCUGUUCUUGGCAUCCGGUACUAGCCAAGCGCAGUGUAGCCUCGCUGCAUCCUUGCACGAGAUUGCCAAAGUGAUUGGACCCGAAGCAGCCAGCGAGGAUCUGGUCGAACUUUUUGAGUACUCCAUGUGGACUACAGAAGCCGAUGUUGAGCUCAAGAGCGCCGCAGUAGAGCAUAUGGACGAGUUUCUGCAGGCUUUGCCAACAGAUGCUGCCCAAAAGCAGCUGACCAUGCUGACCGCACUCUGGUCCUCGCAUUUCGAACGCGAUUGGAGGCUCAGGGAAAGGCUGGCGCAGCAUAUCUCAGCUCUGGCUAGGCACCAUCUGCUAGACGACGAAAGCGGCGACCUGGUCACGCUCAUGCAGCUAGCACUCAGUGAUCCCGUCAGCGCAGUACGAGACGCUGCAGUCCUAUCCGUUCCGACACUGUAUACCACUUUUGCGGAGCAUGAUCAAACAGUCGCGGAUGGCUUCUUGGCCAUUGUCGCAGAUAUGGGCAUGGCCGACCGGUAUCGCAAGAGGUUGGCAUGCGUCCUCGCCAUGCACGCGCUCUUCGGCGCUGGCAUCGAGAGGUCGUCCGUCGAGCUCUCGCUCAUCGAACGAAUGGUCGAGCUGGCUCGUGACACUGUGGUGGAUGUGCGAAUUGCACUUUCUAGAGCAGUCGCUCUUGCAUGCAAGCGAGAUGAGCUGUACGCCUCGCCACAGUCACGAUCGCCGGCCGUCAAUGAAGUCUUAGCACUCUUAUAUCGAGACGCAAGCGCCGAAGUGCGAGAACCGAUGCACGACUUGCUGGAUGAAGAGCAGGCGCAAGUAUUGCCAGAAGUCCAACCCGUUCAGGUCCAUGCUCGGCGAGAUCUGACAUUGGGUCCUGCCGACGGAGGUCCGCAUCGUCCGCCGAGAUACACAAGCUGGGAGAGCAGCUCGCCAGAUGCCCUCGCUUCCCAACCGUCGCCCCAGCAAGGAAUAGCGAUCGCAGAUUUUCCCAUGAUCGACGCUGCCAGAGAUCCUGACGACAGUGCUGAUCCGGAUGUCAGCAUGUUCGACGAUGGUGCAGACGACGACAAUGAUGAAGAGGAGCAGAGCACGUCCGCGAUCAGUCGGGGCGAAAGCGUUCACGACUUGUUGGACGCUCCUCACCAUCUUCUCAACGUGUCUGGACCCGAUUCGCCCGAGCGACGGCGCAUUCAGCUGAAAGACGACGGACCUCAAGAAGAAGACGUGCAGCGGCAUGGGCAACGGGACGGCUGGCUGACUUCGCCUGAGCGAAUGCAGCCAAACGGAGGCACAGCGACUCAGGGCGGCGGCAUUCAGAGCGCUGACCCUUUUCUAUCAUACGUAGCCGACCGUCACCAAGGUGGUACGCACGAGGAGGACGCCAGACGAGACGACGACACUCAGGGAGGCAGCGCGUCGGAGCAGCGCGACGAGGACGCUUCUGUGUCCGGCACCAGCUAA